GCACUCCCAAACAAACUAAUGCAAUCACAUAUUUUCUUGGAACACUUGCACUUUGGUUGUGACAUUGUAAUAUGUUAAAAUAAAACAACACAAAGCAUGUUCAAGGCGUUACUCCUUAUAAACAUCACACCUGUACAGCUAAAUCAAAGCGAUCGCAAGUUGUCACACCCAAGAGUUGCCUCCCUUAGAAAAGACAGCGAUAAUGUUUAUACAUUACCAUGACAACAUAAAAGCGAUUAGACGGACACGCACAGCGCGUCGAAGAGAUAGCAUCUGCAUAUAUAAUUUGUUGAGGAAAUAGAAGCCAGAACUGGUUAAAAACUCUUGGAAUAUUAGUUGAGAUAUUUGCUUGAUACUAUCAUCAGCUGAUCACUCGGGCACCUGUCGCAAGUCUUGAUUGCCAAUAUGUGCUUGGUUGAUUGACAGAUUUUGCGAGUCAGCGAGUGACACUCUUGUACCAGGGUUUACAAUGUCACAGUUCAAGACUUCCAAGAUGAAAUCAUCUGCCCCUCCAGCAAAGAGGGUGUCCUCGUUUCAGAUAGCAAACAACACACCUGGACAGAUGGCAGUUCUGGGUAAGAGUACUGUAAAAAAUGGUACAAGAAAUUCGAAAGGGAGCUCAGCAGCUAAGCAGGCGAAGGAAGAAACAAGGACAAAAGCAGCUGGGACAAAUGACAAGCAGCCCAAGCCACAGUACAACGAGGCCUUGGAGAAGCAGUUUGAUGCCAUGUUAGAAGGGGACAUGUCAGACCUUCCCCCACUUCCUCGCUCCAUCGUCCGCAUCUUCAUCAGCUCCACGUUUUCAGAUAUGCGAGCUGAACGUAAUGCCCUGUCACGUGAUGUGUCACCCAUACUGAGGUCAUUCUGCUCAAACCUUGACCUUGACCUUCAGUUGGUUGACCUUCGGUGGGGCCUGACUGAGGAUACACAAAAUGAUCACUCAGCUGAGCGCCUGUGUCUGCAGGAAGUGAAGAACUGUCAGAAUGUCUCACUUGGACCCAACUUCAUUAGUAUACUAGGUGAAAGGUAUGGUUUUCGGCCAUUACCCACGGAGGUGCUGUGUCCAGAGUUUGAGAUGCUGCGAUCAGCAGCGUCACGCCGGGGUCUGGACGUUUCCUUGUUAGACACCUGGUACAAGAGGGAUGACAACGCUAUUCCACCUGAGUUUGUCCUACAGCCAAUCAGGUCCCAGUUUCCACAUUUUGGAGACUACAGCCCAGGAUGUGAGGAGCUGCGACAACGUGCCUUGGAAUCAUGGCAGACAGCGUUCACAUCGAUGCUGUCCAUUGUCCGUGAAGCUGCCAGUCUGCUGCACCAAGAGGGGAAGCUGUCUGAGGAACAGAGACACAUGUACUUUAAGUCAGUAACUGAAUAUGAGACAUCAAAAGGAAUAUUUGAGGCUCCUAAGCCAAGCUCUCAUUGUCUUCUGUAUCAGCGGAAACUCACGGGGCUAACUGAUGAACAUCUGGAGGACAAAGAUGCUCACCGAUACAUCAGUAUCACCGAUUCCCAGGGAAAGAAAACAGUUGACAAGGAAAUAGCUGCCUUACAGAAAGCCUCUAUCUCAAAGAUUGAGAAAAUCCUUGGCCCACAGAACUGCAAAACCUUCAAGGCUCCCUGGAAAAGUGGGGGAGUAGACCCUACAGCUAGUCCUGAACACAGAGCCUACAUCCAAGAUUUCAGUCUCAAACUGACGCAGGAUGUGUCCAGUAUGAUCAUGCUUGCCAAGAAAGAGCGAUCGACUCACAUCCGACAGAGGGAGUAUUACUGUGGCUUGGAUGAGACUCUCCAUCAUCUUCAUUUCUGUAAGUCCAAGUGUGAGACCUUCUGUGGCCAGGAGGACAUCCUCCAGAAGGUCAAAGAUCACAUUUUGUCGGGCCAGUCUCGACAGCCUCUAACCAUCUGGGCAGAAUCUGGAGCUGGCAAAACUUCAGUAAUGGCAAUGGUUAUGAACAAGCUGCGGUCUUGGAUCAAAGGAGAUUAUAUUGGAAUGAUUCGGUUCCUUGGAACAUCGCCUUCCACACUCAACAUCUAUGAUGUGUUAUUUGAUGUUUGUGGGCAGAUAGCCGACUGCACAGAUACAAUCAUGGAGCCAAUGGGAUACAGGACAAUGGCCAGCCUCAUUGAAUACAUUCCAAGGUUUCUCCGCAGCAUGUCUUCCACAUUCAAAGAUCCAAUCAUCAUACUCCUGGAUUCUAUUGACCAGUUGUCAAGUGAGAACGAUGCCUACAGCAUGUCAUGGCUUCCUACCAAUUUGCCUUCCAAUGUUCAUCUGAUCAUCUCAACCUUGCCAACAGAACAUAACAUCUUGUCCAACAUUAAGAAGAGACUGCCAGAAUCAGCAGUGUACAUGGCAGUGCCAAUACUUCCAGAAUCCACUGGCAAGAAGAUCAUUGAUAAGUAUCUGAAGCUAAGGAAACGCAGAGUUACUGAUGACCAAGUUCGGUUCAUCCUUGAAGUCUUCUCUGAAGCUCCUAGCCCUCUGUACCUGAAGCUUCUCCUUGAUGAGGCAAUGAAAUGGUCCUCCUUCAAUCCUGUCAGUGACUUGAUGCUUGCUGGAUCAAUUAGGGAAGCCAUUAAUGUUCUAUUUGACAGGCUUGAGCAAAAGUUUGGGGAGGUUUUGAUACGCAAUGCUCUUGGAUACAUCACAGUUGGACUCAAUGGAUUAUCUGAAAUAGAGCUUGAGGAUGUUUUGUCUUGUGACAAUGAAGUCCUGGAUGAAGUGUACAGGUUUCAUGACCCUCCAGUUCCUGGCAUGGUGAGGAUUCCUCCAGUUCUGUGGGCCAGGAUCCGCUAUGACAUCAAGGAGUACCUUGUGGAGAGGAUGUCCCAGAACAAGAUAACAAUGUACUGGUAUCACAGACAGUUCAUCAUGUCAGCUUUGGCUCGAUAUGUUCAGGACAAGUUCCUGGACAAACUCCACUCAACUUUGCUUCAGAUAUACCUGGCAGAAACAGGGGUUAAGAAGGACAUUUAUUUGUCCCGAAGGAAGAAAGACUUCAAGGAUGCAGACAGACAAGUCACUCCACAGCCAACCAGUGUCUCGAAUCUCCGGAAGUUGAAAUGUGUAACUCAUCAUUUGAACCAUGCUGCAAGAGCAGUUGAUGAGGACACAUUCAAGGGCUUGGUAUAUUGCAAUAUUGACUUCCUCAGUACCAAGAUCACUGCCUGCUCUACUGUAGAGGUCAUCAAUGAUAUGAACACAUUCCUGAAACAAAGAAAUGACAAAGAAAUUGAAAGCCUGAGGACAUUUCUUGAUUCACACAAGAACAAACUGAAAAACCGAUUAGUUCUUGCAAGAAGUAUUUUGGUGUACCUGAGACCCGAUGAGGACUGCAUCUAUCUGAAGAAGCUUGUGAAUGAUGCCUAUGAUCUCCUGACAUCAAGUAAAAAGACUCUUCUGAUUCCCACAUUCCCUUGUCUGGCCCACAGGACACCAGGUGUUGUCACCAACACACUCUUGGAUGACCAUCAGUACAGAUGCUUUGCUGUCAGUAAUGACAGUGGUCAGGUCUUCACAGCAGGAGGGAAUGGCAAAGUUGAAGUAUGGUCAGUGAAAUUUGGACAUUUGGUCAAGUCCCUUGAUGUUGGCUUUGAUGCAGAUGAGCUUCAUCCAGCUGGCAGUGGUAUUGCCUUGUUGUACAACAAGGAAAUGAAAGCUCUGAAAGCAAUUAGAUCAGACUCAGGAGAAUCUGUGUUAGAGGAUAUCAUUCCGAAAAAUGUUCUUUCAUGGUCUCUGUGUAGUGAUAAGCUGACCUUGUAUGUUUUGGCUCAAGACAACAAAGUUUCUUUGCAUCAGUUGGACUUGAAGCAGGGUGUGGCAAAACAGACAAUGCUUCAGAAGAUGUUUGACUUCAUCAGUUUGAGGACAGUCCUGAGUAGCUCUGAACGGUAUCUAGUCAUCAUGGCUAAAUGUACACCAGGAGACUACCAGUCAAUCAAGGAAUCAUGGAAGAAGUCAGGUGCCUUUGCUUCCCAACCUCACCCAUACCGUUUUGCAGCUGUGGACUUAAGUCAAGGAACUGGCAACAUACAGCAUUGUCUUAGGAAUCUGUCAAAGAUCCCCACCCUUGGAGAGACGAUUUCAGCCUACAGGGGAAACAUGAUGAUAAUUGCAGCACGUCGCCAUGGAGUAUUUUGGGACAUUCCAACAGGGAAAUGUGAUCAGCAGAUGUCUAAAGGGAAGAAGUUGGGGAUGGUGUACAGACCGGACUGGGCUGGAGAGAGCCAGUGCAAAGGAGCUAACACCUGCUUUGUGCAGCCUCCAAAACAACAGUUCCUGGCUGUUGGGUCUGAAGAUGGCUACCUCAUCAUCUAUGGCUUUGAGUCUGGACUUCCAGUUGGGAUGAAAGCCCCACCAACAAAACAUAACAAAGCGGUUGUUGAUGCAGCUGUGAGCCCAGAUGCCCAGGUGGUGGCGUCGGUCUGUGAAGAGGGAGUCAUCAAGCUGUGGAAUCCCAGCACCGGUCUGGAGGUGGUGAGUCUGCAGAUUGGCGGAGAUGUUAGGCAGCUGACCUUCACCCCGGACUCCAAAUACCUCCUUGCUCUCCUCAUUGGGGAAUCUUCAAGGAUGCUUGUCUUUCAAGUACAGCUGUGCUAAGAUUUGACAGGGACCUGUUACUUCAGCAAUGGAUGAUUGUGAUUUGUUGUGGCAAGGGGAUGCUAUAAAGACUGGCAUGGAAAAUGGACCUGGUGUACGGCUUGAAGAGUCAGCGCUGUAACCACGAUGCUACCCCAAACCUUAAAGUGUUUUGGAGAUGAUGAUCGUGAUAAAUCACUUUGAACUUCCUUUGUCUUUCAAGAUGUCUUUUGUAUGU